CAGAACGAAAAUGAGUUUUGACGUCGUUCCAGUACAUUUCAGCAAUGACAAGAAUUGUUUUAUAUCAUUACCAUCUCCAAUUAUCAAAAAAAUUGCGAAUAAGUCAGAGUUACUGGUAUUUGAAGUUCAGACAGAUGAUGGCAUCACAGUAUAUGCAUCAGUAAAAGAUGUCACUUCAAAUAAUUAUUUAGGAAUUAAUGGAUUAUUUGCUGAGAAACUAAAACUGAAAGAUACACAACAGGUCAUUGUGAGAGUAAAAAGAAAUGUUCCUAUAUGUAGCCAGGUGUCUAUUGAACCACUGUCCUGUGAUGACUGGGAAAUUUUGGAAAAGCAUGCCAGUUAUGUGGAAUCUCACCUGCUUGACCAGGUGAGGGUUGUGUGGUCCGGUCUGGUCUUACCUGUGUGGGUGGAGAGAAAUGUCUGUGUCUACCUGAAAAUCACUGUUACAAAUCCAGCAGAGGAAUGUGUAUUACUAGUCACUGACACUGAGGUUGUUGUGUCUCCUAAAGUCCGAGGGGGUGCGGUCAGUGACUCUAAAGUAAGGAAACAUAGUCCUUCCCCAGCUAGAGGGGAGGAUAAACUGAAGUUUUCUGGUGAGAAAAGUUUUGACUCUAAUAGCUCUGUUAGUGAUGGGUAUUCUUCACGAAUGGAAAUUCCAUCCAAAUGGAACUGGAAGGAAUGGGUACCAUGGUUACUGGGUGUGCAGAACACUUCCAAUAGGAUCCAGGAGCCAUUCCGUGGCAUUCCAAAUUUUCGUAAAAAGUCGAUUGAUUAUAAGAAGAUGGACAUUAUUCAGGAAGGACUAAAUUUAGCAUUUCGGGUCCAGCCACAAAGAAUAAGAAAUAUGGGGAAAAAGGGGAAAAAAGAAGAACCGGUAAGUCCAACACCAAGUUCAGAGGACCUCAAAGAGUGCCCAUUCUUGCAGCAGCCAGCUGUUGUUUUUGUAAAUACAGAAGAUAUCAUUGAACAAACUGGUAACAUGAGUUUACAUGUUCCUGGAAUGUUUUUAGCCAGACUUUCAAAGCUUUUCUCACCUAAAGUUCAAAUGGCAGAAAUGGAAAAAGAAUUGAAUGAAGAAAAGAACAAAGGGAAACAGAAAUCAGUCCGGUCUACCAAGGAUGAUAAUGCAAAAGAUCCACCAUCUAAAGAGAAAGACCACUUGACACAGUGCAUUGUGAGAGUAGUUGUGCUGGACAAAAAGAAAACCAAUACAAAUGUACACUGUGAACAGAUGCUGAAUGAAGUGACGCGAGAUCAUCCAAUACUCUGCCAUCACGUGCUUGUCCCUGAUAGUCUCAGGAGAUUGAUGAAGCUGGAUGCUACCAGCUGUGUUUGGCUGCAAACGAUAUCUACACUUCCUGUCAUGCCUACUUCAUAUGAAGUUUAUCCAGUGGGAAGUCUACCCCCUAAUUUCACCAGUCAGAUGGUGGAGAUGGCAUUUAGGAGGUGGAUAACUGUAGCCACAUCAGUAAAUCUUCCACUGGUGGUUUUCAGUGGAAUUACAGUAGAAUUUCCACUUUUGAAAGACAAAAACAUGGAAUUCCAAUUAGUUUUCCCAGGGACAGUCCACCAACAAGAUCCAGAAAUUCCUCCAUACAGUUUAGUGUACCAGGGCAAUAUGAAUGAUGCUCCGUUAAAUGUGGUCAAACCUGACUCCCAUGCUCCCCCACAGUGGCCUGUACUACCCAUGCUGCAGUACACUAAUUUAGACACCAUUGACCCCAUGCUUCCUAGGACACAGCUCUCUGACUUAGGAGGUGUGGAAGAGUACAUACCCAAAGCCUUGUCACACUUGGAAAUUUGCCUAGGCAUGAAGCCCCUGGCUGAUGGUAUGUUUAACAUGACCACUCCAGGGCUGAGCAAUGGGAUGCUUCUCAUCACUGGCAGUAGAGGAAGUGGAAAAAGUUCACUGGCCAAAGCUUUAUGCAGAAAAAUGGCAGAAAAAGAAAACUUGGCUCAUAUCUUUUAUGUUGAGUGUAAACCACUCAGGGGUAAACGUCCAGACAGUAUUUUGAAGUAUUUAGAGGAGGUGUUUGAUGAGGCGGUGUGGAGACAACCAUCUAUAAUUCUAUUGGAUGACUUAGAUCAUGUGGUGCCGGCCCCAUCUGGCCCUGAGGCAGAACUUGGUGGGGAGGCAAUCUACGGAGCUAGAAUUGGUGAAGUGAUAAGAGACAUACUGAGGAAAGAAAUUACCAAUGGAGGUCUUCUUGCUGUCAUAGCAACCAGUCAGUCACGGAGUUCUAUCCACCCCCUACUGAUGACGUCCAGAGGGACUCACUUCCUACAGGAACUGAUACGAAUAAAUCCACCGGACAAGAAAAAAAGACAAGAGAUCUUUAGAGCUAUCAUCAGGAACAGACACAUGGUUUCCCAGCAGACAUUAGAGGAGCUGGAUCUUAAUGUUAUCCUGGGGAGAACAGAGGGUUACGUAGCUCAAGACCUGGAAAAUCUUGUCAGCCGAGCUAUCCAUGCACAUACAAUCAAGCAAGAGAGGGACCCUAACCAGUCAGCAGACAAACCUCAGCCGGAGAUGGUCCUCACCCAGGCAGACUUCACAGAGGCCAUGUCAGGGUUCACGCCAGCUUCCAUCAGGAAUGUGCCGCUGCACCAGGCGGGGGAGUUAGGGUGGGAGGAUGUGGGGGGACUCACAGAUGUCAAGAAAACACUGAUGGAAACUCUAAUGUGGCCCUCUAAGUACCCUAUGUUAUUUUCCUCCUGCCCCCUGAGAUUGAGGUCCGGCCUACUGCUGUAUGGGGCCCCAGGGACAGGGAAGACACUAUUGGCAGGAGUGGUGGCUAAGGAAUGUGGACUCAACUUUAUCAGUAUCAAGGGGCCUGAACUCCUGAGUAAAUACAUUGGUGCUAGUGAACAAGCCGUCAGGGAUAACUUUGUAAGAGCUCAAAGUGCCAAGCCAUGCAUUUUAUUCUUUGAUGAGUUUGACUCUUUGGCUCCCAGGCGAGGUCAUGACAACACGGGGGUUACAGACAGGGUGGUUAAUCAGCUGUUAACCCAGUUAGAUGGGGUAGAGGGAUUAGAAGGUAG